GCCUUGAUCAUCAAGCUAGAUCGCAUGACACCGCAAUUUGGAUUGCCAGUAUUUAAUCAUAAACUGGGGAAUGGCUACUCAGUGAUAUAUUACGGUUAACAGCGCAAAAUCUUCAGGAGCGUACGACCCGCUUUAACAUGAUAAGCGGUCAAUUACCUACGCCAAGCUACUCCAAGCUUUGUGCGAAACAGUAAACAGCUUCCGGAACGCCCGAACAAGAGCGAGGCACAACAUAUAUUUAAUUGUACAUAUACCUCUUACUUUUUGAACUGUUCAAUAAGAGAUGGGGUUAUCAGUUCGCACUUCGUACUCGAGUUAAAUACCCGCUAUAAAAAUGCGCGUUUUCGAUGCGUUAACCGUCGUUUCGACAUGGCAAUUGGCCCUAGGUUCCUAUAUCUCUCCGCGAGCCGAAAAUUCUUGGUCUGAGGCAUCGUCAAAGGCCAAAGACUUCGUGUCAAAGUUGACACUGACUGAAAAGAUUGGUAUUGUGUCUGGAGGAUACGUCAGCCCGGCACCGGCUUGUGUAGGAUCCAUAGGUCCUAUCUCGCGUCUUGACUUUCUUGGCCUCUGUUUCUCAGAUGGACCCACUGGCUACGCACGCUCUGAGGGCGUUAGUGUAUUCCCAUCCGGUAUAACCAUUGCUGCGACAUGGGAUCGUGAUCUUUCAUAUCGGCGAGCAGUAGCGCUGGGAGAGGAAUUCCGAGCCAAGGGCGCUCAUGUUUUCUUAGGGCCGUCCACGGGAGCGAUGGGCCGUCACGCCCGUGGUGGACGAAACUGGGAAGGUUUCGGUCCAGAUCCUUACCUUGCAGGCGUGUUCACGAAUACCUCUGUUAUCGGCAUCCAAUCUACCGGCGUUCAGGCAUGCUCUAAGCACCUGGUCGGCAAUGAGCAAGAAACUCAACGGACUUCAACAACCGAUGAUAACGGCACAGUCACGGAUGCGAUCUCAGCGAAUAUCGACGACCGAACUCUCCAUGAACUUUACCUGUGGCCAUUCGCAAAUGCGGUCAAAGCAGGCACAUCUUCAGUCAUGUGUUCUUACAAUCGUCUCAAUGGGAACUAUACGUGCGCGAACUCGGACUUGCUUACCACCUUUCUCAAAGAUGAAUUGGCAUUCCCUGGUUAUGUUACUUCUGAUUGGUAUGCCACCCACGGGACUGACAACUUUGCCAAUGCUGGUCUUGACAUGGAGCAGCCCGGAAAUGUCAGUGCUCUGGCCGGCUCUGCGUAUUUCGGCGAUUUGCUUCUCGAGUCGAUUCAUAACAGCACUGUAACAGAGGAUCGUCUGGAUGAGAUGGCUAAAAGGGUGAUGACACCGUACUUCCGUCUUGGCCAGGAUCAGAACUUCCCAACAAUUGACCCGUCUAAUGGCGCUGUAUUUUUGACGUAUCAAUAUGGCCACGUCUCCCCGCUAUUUGCCUAUUACCCGGUAGUCGAUGCUCGGGAUGUGCGAGGGGACCAUGCUAGUCUUAUUCGCAAAAUCGCCGCGGCAGGGACUGUGCUUUUGAAGAAUGUCAACAAUACGCUGCCUCUCAAGACUGCAUCAAAUGUUGGGGUUUUCGGAAAUGGCGCUGGUUACCCUGUUGACGGCUCGGCUUUCCUCGACUAUGGUGAUGAACCAGAAGGCUCCGAGUACGGCACAUUUGACAUUGGUGGAGGAUCCGGUACGGUACGGCAUAUGAACCUUGUCACGCCUCUGGAAGCUGUGCAAAGCUAUGUCAGAUCUCUCGGUGGUCGCACACAGGUCAUCCUGAAUAAUGAUAUACUGGCGGAAGGACUCUUCAAGACUAUUUAUCCUGUUCCCGAAACAUGUCUCGUCUUCCUCAAGGCAUUCGCCACUGAAGGGACAGACAGAGCUUCUAUCGAUCUGUCGUGGAACUCCACGGCUGUAGUGGAGAAGACGGCUGCCAUAUGUCCAAAUACGGUAGUAAUCAUACAUGGACCUGGUGUGGUUACGAUGCCCUGGGCUGAUAACGAGAACGUCACGGCCAUCCUAUCUGCUCACUACCCCGGAGAGGAGACUGGAAAUUCUCUCGUGGAUGUUCUCUGGGGAGCUACCGAGCCCUCCGGAAGGCUUCCAUACACUAUCCCAAGAAACAUUUCAGAUUAUGGACCAGACAUCGUAGAGUCCCCAGCGACUGAUGGUACAUGGCAAGCUGAUUUUGACGAGGGUCAGCUGAUCGACUAUCGUCAUUUUGAUGCCGACAACGUCGAGCCGCAUUUCGAAUUUGGCUUUGGACUCUCAUACUCCUCGUUUGAGAUGGGUGAUGGACUCACAGUUGACGUGACUAAUAAUCUAUCUGCACUUGCAGACGAGUCAAUUGGAACCGAGCCUGGUGGCCUCAUCGAUUUGUGGACUCAUGUAGCCCAAGCUUCUGUCGAUGUCACCAACACCGGCAGCAAUACGGCGUCCACAGUCCCGCAACUGUACAUUUCCUUUCCCCAGGACACCACACCAGAAGGUACACCCGUCAAGGUUCUCAGGGGCUUUAGUAAAGUUUCCUUGGACGCUGGAGAGACUACUACUAUACAGUUCGAGCUGACUAGAAGGGAGCUGAGUUUCUGGGAUUCUGACACAAAGCAGUGGGUCAUACCUCAAGGAGACUUCACCUUCUCUGCGGGUUUUAGUUCGAGGGACAUUAAAAGUAUGGUACAAACGGCGGUAUUGGCCUAGUUACCACUACACCGUAUGUUUUUCCAGAGUCACAUAGCCUAUAGUUCUCGAACCAUCGUAUGCUUAGUCUGGAUGGCUCUGUAUUAAUAACAGUUUGUAUAUUGAGAAGGGGCCAAGGGAGUCAUCGGUGAAUCGGCUUUUUCACUACCUUCUGUAGCCAUGUUUGGGUCCCUGUCAGCCCCGUUCUAACAGAGCAGCGUAGGCGCUAUGUUGAGGAUAUCGUUAGAGGGUGAAUCUGGCUUAAGAUCGGAUGAAAGGCACUGUCGUAACAGGACACUGGGCACUAUAUAGGCGUUGGUUGUAUUAAUAGGGAGAGAACUCCCCCGGAAGAGGAGAGGGACAGACUUCAGUCUCGCAACCAACAUCUGCUGUAG